AUUUUCUUUUGAUCAUUUGAAAGAAAGAUCACAUGGCGAGAAAACACGAAGGGCAUGUUGUGGGCAUAGACCUAGGAACAACAUACUCAUGUGUUGCUGUUUGGUUGGAAGAGAAAAACAGAGUUGAGAUUAUCCACAACGAUGAAGGCAACAAAAUUACACCUUCUUUUGUUGCUUUUACUGAUGCUCAAAGGUUGGUCGGUGGUGCUGCUAAGGAUCAAGCUGCUAUCAACCCACAAAACACCGUCUUUGAUGCUAAGAGGUUAAUUGGUAGGAAAUUUAGUGACCCCGUUGUUCAAAAAGAUAUACUGUUGUGGCCGUUCAAGGUUAUUGCUGGUGUUAAUGACAAACCUACGAUUAGUGUUAAGUACAAGGGUCAGGAGAAGCUCCUUUGUGCCGAGGAAAUCUCAUCUAUUGUCCUCACAAACAUGAAGGAGGUUGCAGAGGCUUAUUUGGAAUCACCGGUUAAAAAUGCAGUUGUCACUGUUCCUGCUUAUUUUAACGAUUCUCAGCGAAAAGCCACCAUGGAUGCUGGUGCCAUUGCUGGCCUUAACGUUGUGAGGAUAAUCAAUGAACCCACUGCAGCAGCUAUUGCAUAUGGCCUUGACAAAAGAAGUAAUUGUGAUGGUGAAAGAAAUAUUUUUGUCUUUGAUCUUGGUGGUGGGACUUUUGAUGUGUCUCUCCUCACAAUUAAAGGUGAUGUCUUUGAAGUUAAAGCCACUUCUGGAAACACUCACCUCGGGGGAGAGGACUUUGAUAACAGAAUGUUGAACUACUUUGUGAAAGAAUUUAAUAGGAAGAACAAAGUGGAUAUCACUAGGAAUCCAAGAGCCUUGAGGAGGUUGAGAACUUCUUGUGAAAAGGCGAAAAGGACACUCUCUUUCAAAUUGGUCACCGCUAUUGAGAUUGAUUAUUUAUACGAGGACAUUGACUUCUCUACAUCACUCACUCGUGUCAAGUUUGAAGAAAUCAAUAUGGGCCUUUUUAACGAGUGUAUGAAGAUUGUUGAGAGUUGUUUUGUGGAUUCAAAGAUGGACAAGGGGGGUGUACAUGAUAUUGUUCUUGUCGGGGGCUCGUCUAGGAUUCCAAAAGUGCAGGAAUUAUUGCGUAACUUCUUCAAUGGGAAGGAGUUGUGCAAGAGCAUCAACCCUGAUGAGGCUGUUGCUUAUGGGGCAGCUGUGCAAGCUGCUGUGUUGAGUGAAGGCAUUAAGGAUGUUCCAAACUUGGUGCUGCGAGACGUUACCCCAUUGUCACUUGGUAUCUCGGUACAUGAUGAUCGUAUUAUGAAUGUGGUGGUUCCUAGGAACACUUCUGUACCUUUCAAGAUGACAAACCAAUAUCUUACUUCUAAAGAUAACCAAUAUAGUGCCUUGAUUGAAGUUUAUGAGGGUGAGAGGGCAAAAGUGAGUGACAACAACAUGCUUGGUUUUUUUAGGCUUUCCGGUCUUCCAAGUGUUCCUCGUGGCCAUCCCUUGGAUGUAUGCUUUGCUAUCGAUGAAAACGGCAUCUUAACUGUUUCAGCAGAGGAAAGAUCCACCGGAAGUAAGAAUGAGAUCACGAUAACCAAUGACAAAGAAAGGUUAUCCAGAGUCGAAAUUGAAAAAUUGAUUCAAGAAGCUAAGGAGUACCAUGCUGAAGAUGAGAAAUUCCUAAGGAAGGCCAAGGUAAUGAAUGCAUUAGAUGACUGCAUUUACAAAUUGAGGAAUGCUCUAAAGAAUAAGAAUGUCAAAUUAAAGCUUUCUUUCCAAAAAAAUAAAAAGAUCAAUCAUGCAAUUACGGUGGCUAAAGAUUUGCUUCAUGAGAAGAACCAGGGGAAUGAAGUAGAUGUUCUUGAGGAUCAUCUGAAGGAGCUUGAGAGUAUGUUGGAUCACCUUGUAAUCAAGACUGUCUAG